AAACCCCUAACGCCCCAUCGUCGCCACCACCACUGCUUCUUGCCGCCGUACCGCCACAGCCGCUCUGCCCUCCCUUUUUUUGCCGCACUGCGCAAACCCUAGAUCUCGCACCCACCAACACACUCUCUCUCCAGAUCUCUCUGUUGUCUUUCAGGUGAUUGCUUCCCUCACCGACUUUUCCCGAUGUUCCUUUUUGGUACCUUGUUCUCGUUGGAUUCUGAUGCGUUGUAUUUGCUUUCGAUUGUUUUGUAGAGUUCGUGAAGAUGGUGUCGGACGCGAGCAAGAAGAAGGCGGCGCAGAAGAAGGCAGCGGCUGCGGCCAAGAGAGGUGGGAAGGCAGCUGCUGCUGCCUCCGCAUCCACGAAAGCGGGCGAUUCUUCCCAGAACGGGAGCGCCGUCGACAAGCUGUCCAGUGGAAUUGGUGCGAUCGAGAUCUCCGAUCGUAAUUGUACGGGAGUCCUCUGUUCCCAUCCACUCUCCAGAGAUAUUCGGAUCGAGUCUUUGUCAGUGACGUUUCAUGGACAUGAUCUCAUUGUUGAUUCCAUGCUGGAGCUUAACUACGGCAGGCGAUAUGGUUUGCUUGGCUUAAAUGGAUGCGGGAAAUCUACGCUGCUUACUGCUCUAGGCCGUCGAGAGCUUCCCAUUCCUGAUCACAUGGAUAUAUAUCAUCUUACCAGGGAGAUUGAAGCCUCUGACAUGUCCUCGCUUCAGGCUGUUAUCUGCUGUGAUGAGGAGAGGAUCAAACUGGAGAAAGAGGCUGAGGUUUUGGCAAGCCAGGAUGAUGGUGGUGGCGAGACACUUGAGCGAAUUUAUGAGCGCUUGGAUGCUCUGGAUGCAUCUACAGCUGAAAAGCGUGCUGCUGAAAUAUUGUUUGGUCUUGGUUUUGAUAAGCAAAUGCAGGCAAAGAAGACCAGAGAUUUUUCUGGUGGGUGGAGAAUGAGGAUUGCGCUUGCUAGAGCUCUGUUCAUGAACCCCACUAUUCUCCUUCUUGAUGAGCCUACUAAUCAUCUUGAUUUAGAAGCUUGUGUUUGGUUGGAGGAAAUGUUGAAGAAAUUCACCAGGAUCCUAGUGGUGAUUUCCCAUUCCCAAGAUUUCUUGAACGGUGUCUGCACAAACAUAAUUCACAUGCAGAGCAAGACUUUGAAGAUUUACUCUGGCAACUAUGAUCAAUAUGUCCAAACUCGUUCCGAGCUGGAAGAGAAUCAGAUGAAGCAGUACAAAUGGGAGCAAGAUCAGAUUGCUAAUAUGAAGGAGUACAUUGCUCGAUUUGGGCACGGUUCGGCCAAGUUAGCUAGGCAGGCACAGAGCAAAGAGAAGACCCUUGCUAAGAUGGAGCGUGGUGGGCUUGCUGAAAAAGUUGUGAGAGACAAAGUCCUCAUAUUCCGCUUUGUUGAUGUGGGCAAGCUUCCCCCGCCCGUGCUCCAGUUUGUCGAGGUGUCAUUUGGUUACACCCCUGAAAAUCUGAUCUACAAGAAUAUUGAAUUUGGGGUCGACCUGGAUUCCAGAGUUGCAUUGGUGGGGCCCAAUGGUGCUGGCAAGAGUACAUUGUUAAAGCUGAUGACUGGAGACCUGCAUCCUACUGAUGGCAUGGUUCGUAGGCACAACCACCUGAGGAUAGCUCAGUUCCAUCAGCAUCUGGCUGAGAAACUCAACUUGGACAUGUCUGCACUCCACUACAUGAUGAGGGAGUAUCCAGGGAACGAGGAGGAGAAAAUGAGGGCAGCGAUAGGGAAAUUCGGGCUGACAGGAAAGGCCCAAGUGAUGCCGAUGAACAACUUGUCAGAUGGACAAAAAGCAAGGGUGAUUUUUGCUUGGUUGGCUUAUCGACAACCUCACAUGCUGCUUCUGGACGAGCCGACAAAUCACUUGGAUAUCGAAACCAUAGAUUCUCUGGCCGAGGCAUUGAGCGAGUGGGAUGGUGGGUUGGUUCUUGUUAGCCACGAUUUCAGGCUCAUAAACCAGGUGGCCAAGGAGAUCUGGGUGUGUGAGAAUCAGGCUGUUACACGGUGGGGAGGUGACAUCAUGGACUUCAAGCAGCACCUCAGAAAGAAGGCUGGGCUAUCUGACUAAACUAGAGUCAGAUUUGGGUGGUUGGAUGGGUCGGCUACUAAAUUCCUUGUCGAAGUGUAGCCUGCAGCUGCAGCUGUUGUGCUAUUGUUGUGUGUACCAAUGCAUGGCUAAAGCUGUAUGUUACACAGCGUGGAACGAGGAAUGGUCGUCGAUGGAUCGAUAGAUGGUGAGUGAUCCUUUUUCCCAGACAACUCAUCUGGCAUCUCUCUGGGGAUUAUGCCAAACAAUCUUGUAGGAGACAGCAAGCUGGAGAGGUGCCUUGAACUCAUUGUUUUGAACCAAUGUGGGGGCACUAAAAUCCCCUGCUGCUGCUCUCACAGCUCUAUUAGGUUGGUCUUAGAUUAUUAUUGUUUUUGCUUCAAUUACUAUUAUUAAAAUCUCUCUGUGGUAGUAGUAGCGCGAGUAGUAUAUUUGAGGACUGCUGUCUGUUUUGGUUUUGAGGGAGUUGAGUUGUUAUAUCAUCUUUUGCUGUUUCUGCUUUCUGGAUCAUAUAUUUUUAUGCUAUGUUAUCGUACUAUAUGGAUUGUAAUCGAUGAAUACUUGAGAGAGACACAGACAAUCCACUGCUGGGUUGAAUCUCACUUUCUAUUAUGAAAGAAUGAUGUUUGUUGACGAUUGUGUUGGCCUGCCAAAGCCGGAAGAAGUCGUCCUGUGGCACGCAGAGGUUCAGUUGUUUGCUCAAUGCCAUACCCUUUGUGGAUAGUUCAUCUACAAAGCAGGAGUUGGUUGUGGGAGGAGUUACGGUGCUAAUUGUACAAUAGUUAGCACCGUCCUAAUCAAGGGGAAAACUACUACUAGUUUGAAUUAGUAGUGAUUUAGUGUAGAUGUUGUAUUGAUUUUAUAAUAAUCCGUAGUGAUUUCGUUAUUUUUAGUAGCGUUUUUUUGCUAGUUAUCACGGUGCUAACCCCUAUAAGAGUUAGCACCUAAUCCCAUCCGUUGUUUGUUGUUAUGUCUUCAGACAACUGGUUUUUCAGUUUUGGUAGCUGAACUAUCCAAAACUGAAAAAGUAAACAAGUUUUCUCGUUUCGAUUGUCAAAUUUAUGACAUGAAAACAGAAUACGAAAAUGAAAGUGCUUAUCAGAGGGUCCAACUCCAACCAUAAACCUAAUAGGCUGUUACUGUUAUUUUUCCUUGUUGUCCAGUGCAAAACAGGGAGCAUAAGCAAUGAGGAAAAGGGUAGACAAACAGUAUGACACUGAGACAGGCCAAACUAACAAUCAGCACUUUCUAUAUCCUUUUCCUGGAGGGGAGGUGAAGAAAAAGGGAGAAAUUGUGAUAAAGAAAGACAAGUCAAAAGGGUGGGGAGCCCUCAGCAGUCAGCCCUGUGAGGUUGGAGGUGGGUUUCUACUAGGGCGGGAGGUUCGGUUAUCGGUUAUCGGUUAACCGGCCGGUUAAACCGAUAACCGAAAAUUAUAUGCUUCGGUCGUGGUCGGAGCUCCUAAUAGGUAAUUUGGUUAACCGAGUAAUCGAAAACCGGUUAUUCGGUUAACCGAAAAUAACCGAUCGACCACCCCCCCUUACCAAAACAAUGUGAAAAUACCCGGUAUGUAGUUUAUAAUUUUAUGUUGUUGAAUUUGAGACAUUAAUUUGGUGAUUUAGAUGUAAAAAUGUAAGUUAGAACCUUUCAUUUUAAGAAAUUCUAAUAAUUUUACCCGGUUAAAACCGGAUCACCAUCAUUUUUUCGGUUAUCUCAGUUAACCGACCAACUAACCGAUAACCGACCGGUCGGUUAUUGGUUAACCGAGGCAUUGGCGUCGGUCGGUGUUCGGUAGGGGGAGAUGGUGGUUCGGUUAACCGGUAACCGAUCAAUCGGUUAUCGGUUAUAACCGAACCGAACCGAAUCCACCCCUAGUUCCUACUUCCUCAAAAUAGGAAAGAAUAUGUAUUCAGCAGCGCAACUAUAAAUGAAAAGCAGCCUCAAGAAGAACAAUCCACAUAAAUUGGUGGGGUUACAGACACAUUUGGUCACUAACAUUACUAAAUUGGGACAUGUUUA